GAAUAUAUCAAAGAUUUGCUUCUGCGAGCUGGUUCUUUUUCAUAAAAAUGUGUAACCUUGUCUAGAGCGCCACCAGGAUACUCACCAUUGUUGUUUUGGGCGGAUAUCAUGAGUCUUUGCUUGGUCCCAGAUGAACUAGACUAUUUAAGCAACAUCGACUGACUGCUUUCCUGCCUCUUCUUGCACAACAAUCACUUGCCUUCGCUUCGUAUAUAUCCUUUCUCUCUCGUUUAUCUUCGCUGUCCAUUUUGCACCAGUAUUCUCGGUCAUUGCAGUGAUUACUCUCACUAUACACUCCUUUUACACCCCAUCAGUCUUCCGCACAUAUAUACAAGAUGUAUAAAUUCUUCACUCUUUCUCUUCUUAUGACUCUUACCCCUCAUGCCCUGUGCGCACCUUUGGAUAACGCCGUUGCCACCGUCCCUACCGGCCAGGUCAUCAGGCGCUGCACCACCCCGAACACCGUUGCCCUAACCUUCGAUGACGGCCCAUCCGGCUACACCCCGCAACUGCUGGACCUGCUGGACGAGUACGGCGCCAAGGCCACCUUUUUCAUGGUCGGAGAAGGCAGCCAGGAAUAUCCCGAUAUCAUCAGGCGUAUGAGGAGCGAAGGCCACCAGGUCGGAUCACACACGUUGGACCAUGCCAACCUCCCAUCCCUGAGCUACGAGCAGAUCGUGCAACAGAUGACGAGCCUUGAGGGCGUGCUGCAGUCGGCUAUGGGAGAUAUUCCCACCUACAUGCGGCCGCCGUAUUUCGAGGUCAAUGAACAGGUCCUUGCGGUUAUGCGCCAAUUGGGCUACAAGGUUGUUGAAUCUAGUAUCGAUACUAAGGACUACGAGAAUGAUGAUCCCACACGGAUCGACAUCAGCUAUGAGAAGUUCGUUAACGAGUUGAAUGCCGGCGGCACCAUCGUGCUGGCCCACGAUAUCCAUGAGCAGACCGUGGUGAAUCUCGCUCAGCGCAUGCUGGAGGAGAUCAGCGCGAGAGGGUUCAGGAUGACUACUGUCGGUGAAUGCCUGGGUGAGGCCGAAGCGCAGUGGUACCGUCGGGGUCGCUAGGGCUUGACCUAUGAUAGGGUUUGACGUUUGGAUGUCUGCGUUCUUUUCUUUUGCUGGUAUAGCGUUAUAGCAGUAUAGCGGUGUUUCUUAUUACUUUCGGACUAACCUUGACAAUCGAAUCUAUAUUAUUGACAGUUUUGGAUUGGAACCCC